AUGGGUGGCUGUUGCUGCCUCUGUGAAAACAAAACAACGGACUUGCCCGAAAAGUAUGAGGAAAACCGUUCAUGUACCGAUGUUUUGUUUUUGAUUAUCUUCAUAGGCUUCUUGGCUGCCUUUGCAGUACUUGGCGUUGUUGCAUUUAAGGGUGGUGAUCUGAGACUCGUUUUGUUUGGUAGCGAUUAUCUUGGGUACGCCUGCGGCACCGGUGUGGGACCGGCGAAUUUUUCGAGCCAUAUACCAUCCGUUGCUCCGUUUCAGAGCAAGAACUGGUCGGAGAACGAAUUCCUCUGGUAUCCGCUGCCCAUCGUGAAGCACGUGACGGAUGUAUUCCAGAUGAGCUCCUACUUGAAUCUCGGUCUUUGUGUCAAGAAGUGCCCUCAAACGAAUGUGGAGGGACUGAAGGAGCUGUUGGCAAACAAUAUAAGUGGGCCGGAUCUACCGAAGAUGCAGGUGUACUCGUAUGGAGAUACUUCCAAGAAUGGAGGCCCAGUUAGUGCCGCCUCAAGAAUCUACGCCGUGUAUGAUACCUCAUCCGUCAUGCGUAAGUGUCUGCCAAAAAUCAAGCAACCGGUGGUGGUGCAAAGCAACCUCUCAUCCCCGUACUUGGAGAAGGCGCAAACGUUUAUUGUGCAAGGGAUAGAUGAAAUUGCAAAUAGUUGGCGUGUCAUUGGCAUCGAGGCAGUCAUUUGUAUUGUGGCAUGUUUUGUAUUUAUUGUACUGAUUCGUUUUUGCAUCAGCAUCUUGGUAUGGCUCAUAAUCGUAUGUCUCUUUCUCCUACUAGCCGGUGGCGGCGGAGUGGCCUUUUUGUUAUAUCAAACCAAUGGGAAUAGUUCCUACUUUCCGGUGACAGGUGUACAGGGAUACUCCAGCCUCUUCCUUGUGCUUGCUAUCGUACUGUGGUUUCUGGCCAUCUGCUACUUAUUUAUUGUUCUCGCGCUGUGUAGCAAAAUACGACUUGUGUGCGCCAUCAUCCAAAUAGCAGGUCGUGUUUUGGGUUCUGCUCCAACGAUGGUUAUACUUCCGUUCGGAGCUGCUGUAGUAAUUAUCGCUUUAUUGGCAUGGUCUGUGCUCGUUGGUUUAUGCCUGUGCAGUGCCAAAGAACGUGGAACUGCGUACUCUCUCGUGCCUGUCACCGAUGCUCUUUACUUUGAAGGUACCCCACUGGUGGACUUGAACAAUACGAAAUUUUUCAAAGUUGCCUCGGAAGUGCUUAACUCUAAACACUCGACAGAAUACUUUUUGAUUGCCGAUAUCUUUGGAUUUUUCUGGACCAUGACAUUUAUCAAUGCCUUGUGCUUCACCACCAUCGCUUUUGUUUCCGUUUUUUGGUACUUCUCGAGCCUUUACAAUGCUGAGAAGAGUGUACCCACCUGUGGCGUCUGCAAGGGGAUUUUUUGGACACUCUUUUAUCACACAGGAACACUGGCGCUUGGCUCCUUUUUGAUUGCCAUCAUACAGACAAUACGCUUUGUACUCUCCUACUUUGUCAGAAAGGCACAGUCGUUGGUGCAUGACACCGGCAUGAUUCGGUGCAUGGCAUGUUAUUUGGAGUGUUUUAUUGCCUACUUUGUGCGUGUGAUUUCCGUCAUAAAUACCAACGCGUUUGUGAUGAUGUGUCUGACCUCACACGGCUUUUGUAUUUCGGCCUGCCGUGCCAUCCAGUUUAUUAUGAGCUACACUGUGGAACUGAUAUUUCUGACGUGGUUUAUAAAUAUUCUGACCUUCCUUGUGGAGUUAUUAGUUGUGACUGGGUGCUGCGUCUCUGCAUACUUCCUUUGCAAAAUGCCUGAACUUGCGACGGAUAUUCAAGUGUUUGUGAUGCCGCUUAUCGUAAUUGGCGUCAUGACGCUUCUGUUGAGUCGCGCCUUCUUCAGCGUGUACGAGUCGGCCGCCACAGCACUGCUGGUGUGCUACUGCUACGACCUGAAGGUGAACGCCUCGCGGGGGAUGUACUACGUGCCGGAGGAGCUCGAGCACCAGAUUUCAGACUACUCACAGAAGGAGAAGCUGCGUCAAUUCAACGAGCAACAGGCUGCUGUGCACCGUAUGGAAGGAGAGUGA